AUGCCACAGAAAGAUCCUUGUCAGAAGCAAGCAUGCGCAAUUCAGAAGUGUUUACAAGGUGAGGUUUUUCCACAACAUUAUCUAUUUAAAUGAUUUCUAACGUGAAUAACUUUUGAUAUAUCUGAUUGGGUUUCAUGUAUUACAAGCCCGCUGUCUUUGUCUUCCAGCAAACAAGUACAUAGAGAGCAGGUGCGAGGAUGUGAUAAGAGCUAUGCGUAUGUGCUGUGAGCACGCAGGUGAGAACUCCAUCUGCUGCUCAGGGUUCGCUAGGGAACAGAAGUCUUCAGAGCCUAAACGCCCAGGUGCAUCCUGA